AUGGCGAUAUCGAGCGCCUUCCCAGCGCCGACGCUCCCAGUGGCCGUCAUCGGGCUGCUCCUCGUCCUCCUCUCACCCAAAAUCAUAGGCUGGACGGGGACGAACAGAUCAAGCCUCCUGCGAGCCCUCAAGCUCUCCAAGCGAACAACCACUGAGAUCGUCUCCCUACGCAUCUACCCGAUCAAGUCCUGCCGCGGUCUGCAGCUUUCCAAGACCAAUAUCCGCCUACACGGCCUCGACCUCGACCGACAAUGGAUGUUCGUCGACGCAAAAACCCACGAGUUCCUCACCAUCCGCCAGCUUCCGCAGAUGACGCUCAUCAACACCGCCCUCAGCGACAACGACAACGCCGGUGACGCCGGAAGCAGCACUCUCAUCCUCAGCAUCACGGGGGCCCCCGCCCACGACACCGUCCGCAUCCCCGCCCGCCCAGACCAGGCCUGGCUCGCCGCGCACACCAUGCUCUCGCAGGUGAAGAUCUGGGACACGCAGACAGACGGCUACAUCUACGGCGCGGCCGUCAACGCGCCCUUUAGCAAGUUCCUGGGCCGCGCCGUCUGUCUCGUGUACAAGGGCCCCACGCCGCGCAUCCUCCAGGGCAACGGCGACCCGCGCCUGCUGGGCCGCGAGCAGAGCACGUUCUUCCCGGACGUGCAUCCCGUGCUGAUUGCGUCGGAGGCGUCGCUGGCGGAGCUGAAUGCGCGGCUGUGCGGUAAUGGCGCCGCGCCGAUUACCAUCGAGCGGUUCCGGCCGAACAUCAUUGUGCGCGGCGGGGCGGCGUGGUCGGAGGAUUCGUGGAAGGUGGUGCGGAUUGCGUCGGGAGAGGCGGAGGGGAGUGCGCCGGGGGCGUUGGAGCUGGAUGUUGUGGCGCGGUGUGCGCGCUGCCAGGUUCCGAAUGUGGACCCCGAUACGGCCGUGAAGGAUCGGCGGGAGCCGUGGGAUACGCUGAUGGCGUAUCGGAGGGUGGAUGAGGGGAUGAAGUAUAAGCCGUGCUUUGGGAUGUUGAGCGCGCCGCGGAGGGAGGGGGUGGUGGCGGUGGGGAUGAAGUUGGAGGUGGUGGAGGAGACGACGCAGCAUCGGUAUAUCAAGGGAUUUUGA